UCAGAGAGACAGUGUUUAUGAUGGAGAGCAGGGAGAUUGUUCUCCUCUAACUCCUGCCGUUCUCUGUAAUAUUAAGAUGGUGAUGAUGAUGAUGAUGAUGAUGCGUUCAUGCGAGCUCAAAUUGUCCUGGCUGUGAGUUUACUUUGCGGCUCUUUGUCUGUGUGUCUGCGGUGCGCACUGGGUCUGGAUGAUGGAGGUGCAGGUGGAGAGCUGCUGCUGCUGCUGGCUGCUCCUCCUGCUCUGCUGCAUGACUCUGCACAGCUCGGCCAUCGAGACUGUCAAUGUGGUGGACUUCUGCGGUCAGACAAUCCGAGGUGAUGGCAUGAUUGUCAACUCACACCAGGAAUCCAAGAAGUACUACUUUGUCACCAUGGCGACCGACUGCCACCUCACCAUGCAGGCCAUCUCUCCCAAAGACAAAGUCCAGUUCCACUUCCGCUUCUUCCUGGUCUACAGUUUGCUGCGAGUGGCCCCUCUUAGUCCGGUCCCCCUCUUCCCAGAGUCUCCCCGUGACUCUGCUGCCCUCAACCCGAGACUGGAGCCCACCUCUGGUGAAAGCUUGGGGGACCCGUGCCACGCUGGCUCAUAUGUUCAGUUCUAUGAUGGACGCGAUAGGGGCUCGCCUCCCCUCGGGCCUCCUCUUUGUGGGAAGAGCCCACCUCGGCCUGUGCUGUCAACAGGAAACUACCUGACGCUGAGGCUGGUGACCAGAGGGACUCAACCCAGAGUGGACUUUGUGGGGGACUUCACCUCCUUCAGACUAGGUUUCAACCAAUCAGAGUGCAGCAGUGAGCCCUACUUCACCUGCAGGAAUGGAAAGUGUAUCCCCCUCAGCCUGGUGUGUGAUGAUAAAGGCAUCGACAACUGUGGGGAUGGAAGUGACCUGGAGGAAAACCUGACGACUGGCUGCAAAGCAGGUCAGCUUUUACCUCCUGAACCUCCACCGCCUAUGGUCACUACACCCCCAACCUUUGUGAGUCCACCCACAAUGCCACUUCCCACUCAUAUGAAUUGUGGCGUGCCAGACAGUGCUCCCAGCCAUGAGUCAGUAACAGACUCUCCUUCCUCUCUGUCCCUGUUGGUUCUCUACAUCAUACUGGCUGUAGUGGCAGGUGGCCUGGUGCUGUGCUGGUGCUGCUGGUCACCUGGCUGGUUCCUGUGGCGCAUCAGUAUCUGUCGCUUCUUACCCUGCUGCAACUUGGCAUGCGCCUCCUGCCAGCUCUGCUCCCGUAACUGCAUCCACAGCAAGGAGCACCGACUGGCAAAGGUGACGCCACACACGCCGGGCAACGGGAUCCCGACUGGCAUGGCAGCCACUGGCAACAGUGCGGAUGAGAAUGUUACUACUGCAGCUGUUUAGAAAAGGACUGUUGAAGACUCUUAUGCUGAGCCAUGAUCAGUGCGGACAUGAAUAGCAAUCCUCUCAGUGCAGGUUGGACCGAUGUGGUCCAGUGUACCAGAGCUAAAGGCAACUGGUUAACCUGUGGUUUGUGUGCUUUAACAGUUCUGUCUUGCGAAAAAUACAUUCCCACACAACUAAUUUGCCAUCUCAGUUCUGUUUCUUGAGGAAUAUUUUUUUUUCUCUCUGGAUUAUUUGAGGUGAAAUUCUCACAUUGAGUUGGUGGUGAGAAGUCAGCCAAGCAGCCAAACACAGUUCGAGACCAAGCGUUGGAGGAUCUGUUGCUGAUUUUUUUGCAGCGUUAUCAGGACAUACCGCUUUGUCUUUAUGGAGAGCAAGACUUCUACCAGACCACAAACAGUAUGUGAUGGGUUUUCAUUUAGAAGAUGUUGAUGCUAUGAAGAAAUACCAUGAUCUUUUCCUAGCCCCAAACAGGUGUUUUCUGUGUCUAAACCUAACCACAUACUAUACAUAACCAGAAAACGGUUAUUAUCACCUUCAUUUCAGUUCAAUGCAGUUUAGUGGUGUGGAAAUGUCACUUUUAGGAGGCAGAAGGUAGAGCAGGGUACAGUGUGACAAUGGAUUGUACGAACAUGUGAAUGUAUGUGAAAGGUAAAUAAUGAAGCGUUCUUUGACUUAAGAAACAUGCUCACUGCACACUUUUCUCUCACAUACUAUAAUGGAAGCAUGCGCCGCUGUUUAGAGACUCUCAUGAACAUUUCAGAAAUGCAGCCUUGUCCUAACCUAGACCAUUCCCUGUCUUAGAAGUAACAGCUAAGUCACACAGUGUAACUCCAGUUUACACCAAAGGUCCGACAUGGACACAUGUUGAGGACACAGCCACAGAACUACAGAGUCAAAACACCCACUGACAACAGCUGUUCUCCCCUGGAGAAAUUCCUUCAAGCACUCAACUCUACUCCCAGCAGUUUAUUGUCAUACCUCAUACUGUUUAAGUCAAUGUGAGGUCUGUACAGAGAAGCACAAAUCAUUACAGCUUUAGAAAUAAUAAAGAAAUAAGUAAGUAAUUAUGUACAAACAAUACAUAAAUGUACAGCAAAUUGAACAGAAAAUUGUGCCACAUAGUUCUGCAAAAACAUAGAUUAAAGUGAAAAUCAGUGGUUGGAAUGUGCACAUUUUUAAAAAUCGAAAUAAAUCAAAAUUAGUAAUUACAAUGAGCAAUUUCAGUAAAUAGAAAGGCUGGAUCAAUAGGAAAAAUUGUUAAUUGUUGGAUGCAUACCCAGGCGAUUUAAUAUUAAUAUUUGGGAUGAGGUUUUGUGUCCUAAUCGACUCCCACCAGACGGGAAUAAACAGAGAAACUCGAUUCAUUUGCAGCACAGGCAGUUGUUAAGAAAGCUGGAAUUGCCAACUUUCCACAAAAGGGUCAUGUGUGUACAGCUACUUAGUAGAAGGUCCAAUAGAAGCAUUGUCUUACUGUGAAUUGCCCUUUGAUUGGUCAGAAUUCCCCACGGAUGGAUACAGACCACAGAGGACGAGCAGGAAUCUAGUUCCCUCUCAGAUCACUUGAUUCAGAUUGCAGAGAAAGAUUAUUGUGGAGUUAUUGAUUAGUAAUGCCAAAAAUGUUGCUUACCAGAGCUUGAGAGUUGAAAACCUGACAAAAUGACAAUGACUAUGCAAUGACCCACCAACCCACUCACAAAUUGAGUAAAGUAUUAUUGAGUAUUAUCAUUCUAAAACCAUUAACAUCGAUCUGCUUGUGUGCCGUGGGGAUGUCCUCACAGACUCAACAAAAUACUACCAUACUGAGAGAAAGAGUCACACACACACGGAGAGAAUCGCAUGAAGCCGCAAUCGGCAUUGUGUAAAACAAUGGUUUUAACGAAGCAGCCAUUUGGUUUUAUUUAAAAGUUACACACUACAGCUUUAAAUAUACCUUUGUGCUUGAGAGAGCUGAACUGCACUGGUACUGCUGCUUUCCAGGCCUCAUAGACAUUAAAAAGUAUAGAUUCUGUCCCUGUUCUGUCCAUGUGCACAGACUGAGCCUCCAUGUGCUCAUGUGUCUGCCAGGGAAACUUUCUUGGUAUCCUCUAGAUGGAGUAGCUUCAUAAACUUUCUUUGCUCAGACUCACUGAGAGUGAGUGUUGCGCAACCCCAUCUAAAAGCUGGUUUGACUAUUGUCCCAAAGGCAUAAGAACAAGCACAGUGUUUUCAGAACUCCAGGUUUGCGGGAAGCAGCACGCUGACUCUGGACAGGAAUGUACAUGCAUCUUUACGUUCAUUAGACAACACACACACACACAUACUGUACAAUUCACAUCCACUGAACUCUCAGCUCAAAGCAAGACUGUCCUCACAUUUGACUUUACAAGGAUAGAUCAGAAUUGUUGAAAUGUUGUUAUAUGAAGUGCCGUGUGUUUUACAGACAGAUGACUGCGCUUUGUCAACUGGGUCAAGAAGGGGCAUGCAAAGUGAAAACAUCUACACCAGCAUAAGUCUAAGAUAUUUUGAUGUCUGUUGCUUUACCUCGCCAUUAAGACAACCAACCGACUAGUCUGUGUCUCUCUCACACAAAAUCACACAGGAGUUGCUGAUCCAUUGCUUCCGCCAUCAUAAAGUCAAAAUGCGUUUGUGAAAUCCUCUGGUCCGCAUUUACCUCUUCUUCUCUGUAAGCUGCUCUCAUCAACUUUGUCUCCAGCGGCAAAAUUCACCACCGAAACUAUCAAAAAGUGCUGCUCGUCAGCAUACUGAAGUGGAUUAUAACUGGAUAAUUGGACGAAGAACACAGACUUCACUGACAGCAGCAUCAAGGUUUGUCCAAAUUAGUUUCUGGGUGCCAUUAUUUAAAUGGAUAAUUGGUCUUAAAAGUUAACAAAAAUAUAGAGACAGUUGGGUUCUGAGUUGAAAUCAUUGUCUCUAUAUGCCUUCCUGAAGGGAAUCUCCAACACCUUUGUUGUACCUUUAAAGCAGGUUAGUUUCAUAUCUUAAUAAAGAUCUUGAAUGAACCGAUUUGCUUGAAAGGAAAGACAUUCAUCACAUUUCAUCUGAAAGUCAUGACACUUUCAUGAACAAAGCAGACACAUGGCAUGUCAGCUAACUGCACCAUAAUGUAAAUAAAGAAGAAUUGUGUUAAUUAUUAUUAUUAAGAACACAAAAAGGUUUUCUUUCCCUUAAAUUAUACAGUUUGUAUGUUAUAUAAAGCUUUUCUAGUUUUUUUAAUGUGUAGUUCUUAGAGAUGGACUAACGGUGCAUUUAGUGUAAGUUUUGGUUAUGUACUGUAAAGUUUUAAUAAAAUCCUGCACUAUUGAAA